CAUAUUCAUCACUUUCUCUAGGUUGACGAGAGCCCUGAUUUUGAAAUACACAUAACAAUGUGUGAUGAUGAUCCACCCACACCUGAGGAAGACUCUGAGACACAGCCUGAUGAGGAUGAGGAAGAAGAAGAAGAAGAAAAAGUUUCUCCACCAGAGGUGGGAGCUGCUAUUAAGAUCAUCCGGCAGUUAAUGGAAAAGUUUAACUUGGAUCUGUCAACAGUAACACAGGCCUUCCUAAAAAAUAGUGGUGAGCUGGAGGCUACUUCCUCCUUUUUAGAAUCUGGUCAGAGGGCUGAUGGGUAUCCCAUUUGGUCCCGACAGGACGACUUAGAUUUGCAAAAAGAUGAUGAGGAUGCCCGAGAUGCAUUGGUCAAAAAAUUUGGUGCUCAGAAUGUAGCUCGGAGGAUUGAAUUCCGAAAGAAAUAAUUGGCAAGAUAAUGAGAAAAGAGAAAAGGUGUGGCAGGUGAGGUUUAAAAAAAAAAAAAAAAUUUGUGACCAUUGAACUUCAGAGAUUUGUACAUUGGAACUGACACUUGUCUUCUGACCAAUGCUGCCAUUGCUCUGUGAAUCUUAGAUUUUGUAGCCAAGCAGAGUUGUGUAGGAGGCUAAAAACAAAAGACAUUGGAUAUAUUUAGAGCUGUCCCUGGCAGUAUCAGCGUGUUUAUGAAAGGAAAAUCUAAACCAGAGGGAGGUUGGCCUGUGUGGUAGUAAUCCUUUUCUGAAUGUAACCCUUGCUAUAUUGUUUCAGGAGCUAGUGACAAAGUCAAAGGAGGGAGAUUAGGAGAUGGGUCUUUUCAGGCAGCAUGAAUAAAGAGCUUCCUAUCCUUUGGCAGAAGCUCCUCUAGUUUGGAUAGAUUCCAAAUCAAGAAUCUAGAAAUGUGGAAAGUUUUAAUUACAAGGCCUUGAACACAGACUUCCUAAACUCUUGCAUCCCCUAGUGAGCUCUGAUUUCUCAACUGCUUUGAAAAUCCCAUAUUCCCUUUGCUAACUUACUAUUUGGGGACCCUGCUCCUUGGCUGUUCUUUUCUUCCAGUCUUUGUCAGUCAUACUUGUGGCACGUGUUUCUUUACCUACCACCCAGUUUUGUUUAAAACAUGCAAAACCGUAGAGAGUCUUAAGAACAGUCUUACUCAGUUACUAGUAAUGUGUUUUUAUUUAUUGAAAAUCGUUUUGUGGUAAGGAUUGUGUUAGAUUUACAAAUUAGUGAAUUGAUUCCUCUUUGUUGUGUUGCUUUCAUUGUUGAAAAUAAAUAGAACUUUGAGUCUCCAA